CAAAAGCGCAUAUGCUCUUUUAUUCUUUAGGUUGGAUUUGAAGCUAAGGCUUUGGCUAUGGCGACGCCGCCGAUGGCGAGCUUGUGUGGCUGCCACGCCUCGAUUAGGGAUCGAAGUGGCGGCGGACUCUUGCUGCGGUCGAAUUUCACACAAUCUUUCAGGUUCUCGGCUUCCAGUUCCGUGCCCGCGCAAACACAGAAGAGGAAGCGGUGCAUUGUCACGGCCAAGAAUGAUCCAUUCGUCGAGCCACCAGCGGUUCUAGAUCGCUUUCGCCUCCACAACCUGGCUCCACAACCCGGAUCCAGGCACAAGAACAAACGAAAGGGACGAGGACACUCAGCCGGACAAGGUGGAAGCUGUGGCUUUGGUAUGCGAGGACAGAAAUCGCGAGCGGGGCCUAAAGUAAGGCCGGGAUUCGAAGGAGGCCAAAUGCCUCUCUAUCGCCGUCUACCAAAGUUGAAAGGAAUCGCUGGAGGCAUGCGUGCUGGUGUUCCAAAGUACGUUGCCGUCAACAUAAGAGACAUUGCCACGCAUUUUAACGAUGGCGAGGAAGUGUCACUGGAAACUCUCACGAGCAAACGUAUCAUCAAUCCCUCCGGAAAGGAGAAAAAGCUUCCACUAAAGGUUUUGGGAGAUCUCGGCGAUCUCCAGGACUCGAGCAUAAAGAAACUGUCGAUCAAAGCUAGAUCAUUCUCAGCGUCCGCCAAAGUGAAGCUCGAGGCAGCCGGAUGCACGCUGAUCACACUUCCCGGCAGGAAGAAGUGGGUCAGCGCUUCAGUGUCCAAGAACAUCAAGCGAGCGGAAGAAUACUUUGCGAAGAAAAAAGGCCUUGUAACUUCUGAGACGUAAGAUGAUGUAAGUUAGCGUGCCAAGGCACGAUUUUUACGUAUCCUCUCUGUCA